GCAGCGCAGAUCUUGUUCGGAAACAUAACGGCGCGGGGCCCGCAGGCUGCCAACUUCUGUCGCAACGCAGGCUUCAAGUACCACCUCAUAGCGCUGGCGGAGACGCACGUCGACGCGAACGGCCUCGCGGAGCAGAUUGGCAAGCUCGCCGUGGAUGGCUGGAAGCUGUCGGCCACGCCCGCGGUGGCCACCGACAAAUCGGACAAGGGGACCCAUGGCGGCGAGAGGAUCCUCACGCGCAGGGGCGUGGCGGCGACCACGUUCGAGGGCUACAGGGACUACUACGUCAAGCGCCGCAAGAGGCAGCCGUUCGUGGGCUUCACGCCGACAGUCCUCCACUCCAAGAGCGGCAACAUAGUCGUCCUAGCGGCGUACCUGCGCCCUGGCCUACGGGGCCAAGGCGCGAACAGGGACAUCCUGGUCUCCAUCUCCACCUUCGUGGACAUGCUCAUGGACCCGUGGAUCAUCCUGGCCGACUGGAACUACGAGCCGCACUGGUGGGACAAUAAGCCGUGGCUCACGCGAUGGAACGGCACCGUCCUCACCGACCCGAGCUGCGAGGCGACGUGCGACAAGGGCUCGGGCUCCGUGUGCGAUUGCGCGAUCGUACGGGCGGACAUCGCCACGCACGUCGGGGUCGAGGCCAUCUACGGCGUCCCCUGGAAGACCCGCUGCGGCAUCCAGAUCACGGUGGGUGCCGCCGGGCCGUGGCAGUACAAAGCUAUAAAGGUUCCCAAAGCUCUCCCCGCGCGAGCCAGGCCCAAGAAGGUCGCGGACCCGAGCAGCAGAAGGUCCAAGGCUCGUGCGGAGGCGUUGCGAACCAGGAGGGAAAGGCUACCAGAGCACUUGCGCGACGAGUUCGACGCCCUCUACGUCAACCGCGAGACGGCCAAGGAGGACCCCACCCCCUUCGUCAUCCCCCAGCAGAACUGGGACGCAGCCGCCGACGAGGUCAGCAACUUCCCGAAGUUCAAUGGCGCAAAGGUCGGCACCAAGGGGGGCAGAGGACACAUCUUCCACAACCGUGCGCCGAACCUCGCGGAGAACAUCAACUCGGAGUACGCGCAGUGGAUCGCGACCCUGGAGCUCGCCUUCCUGGAGACGCACGCGGUCCCCGUCGAGGACAGGGCCAGGUACCAGGGCAGGGCAGAGGGGUACAGGACCACCGAGCAGACGAUGAAGGCGUCGCCUGGCAGAGCGUACCUCAAGGACCCCGAGGCUACAUGGUGGCAGCACCUCAGCACCCUCGUGGCGAGGUACACCGCGCUGGUCACCAACGGCAAGGAGCACUUCGGUAGGAAGACCGACCCGAAGGGGAUCGAAGAGUGGAAGACCCAGCUCGUUACCCUCGAGCACUGCGGCGUGGCUGACCUGCACCGCAUCUGCGCCGCCACCAUGGAGUGGACCCACAAGGCCAUGGCGAGAGCUGCAGGCAGAGCGCGAAAACGGCAUCUCGACUGGGCGAAGCAGGCGUGGAAGGACUCACCAGGCAAGCUGCACCGCAUGGUCACUGACCCCAAGGCGCCGCGCCUGGAGGACAAGCAGCCUCAGAGAACGGUGGGCGACCCAUCCACGCUCAUGAACCACUCUGCCGACACCUGGCGUUCCAUCUGGGCGUCCGACAGCUACAGCGCCAAGCGGAUCAUCAGCGCAUGCGAGAAGGCCAUGCGGCUCGCGAAGGAGCACCCCCUCCUGCUAAUCGAGCCGCAGCACAUACAGGCCAUCGUGGGCACCGCCAAUCCGAGGAAGGCGAGAGGAGUCGACAACAUCGGCCCCAUCAACAUCCAUAGGCUUCCCGAGAAGGGGAUCCAGGAGCUCGCCGAGAUCUACAACCAG